GCCCACUAGAUGAACGUUAUCGGUCAGCUGAAGCGAAAUUUAAGGACUACGGUCACUGCUUUCCCCUACACCUCUGAAGAAGAAGGGAAUAUAUUCAGUAUCACCCUUCGAAACGCCUGCAAUUUUGGAUGACCCAAUGGAAUGCAGUAGAGGAGAAAGACUAUCUAUAACCUUGGCCAAGGAAAGGAUAAAUCGGGCACCUGAACGACAAGGGAAAGCCAGGUUGGAAGUGGACAUCUUUGAACUUUUGAGAGACAGCGAGUAUGAGACAGCAGAGACAAUGUGCCAAAUCCUCCCAAAAGGUGUAUUGGGUGUCCUUGGCCCGUCCUAUAGCCCAUCAUCAAGUUCUAUCAUUAGUAACAUUUGUGGGGAGAAAGAGGUCCCACACAUAAAAGUGGCCCCUGAAGAAUUCCUAAAGUAUCAAUUCCAGAGAUUCACAACCUUGAACCUUCAUCCCAGCAACACGGACAUCAGUGCAGCGGUGGCAUCUCUUCUUCAGUUUUUCAACAGCACCACAGCGUGCCUCAUAUGUGCCAAGGCCGAGUGUCUUUUGAACUUGGAGAAGCUUCUGCGGCAGUUUCUUAUCUCAAAGGACUGCCUUUCAGUGAGGAUGCUCGAUGACACCUGGGAUCCCACGCCGCUACUGAAGGAAAUCCGUGACGAUAAGACCAGCACCAUUAUUGUACAUGCGAAUGCAUCCAUGUCCCACACAAUCCUGAUGAAGGCAGCUGAGCUGGGUAUGGUCUCGGCCUACUAUACUUACAUCUUUACCAAUCUGGAGUUUUCUCUACAACUUUUUGAGAGCCCAUUGGACGAGCGGGUGAACAUCCUGGGGUUCUCGAUGUUUAACCAAUCUCACAACUAUUACCAGGACUUUGUGUACACACUGCGCCAAUCUUGGGAAGAGAACUGCGAUCACAGUCCAUUCACAGGCCCUGCUCUCUCUGCUGCAUUGCUCUUUGAUGCAGUUUAUGCUGUAGUGAGUGCAGUGCAGGAACUGAACCGGAGUCAGGAGAUUGGCGUGAAACCUCUAUCUUGUGGUUCCUCUCAGAUCUGGCAACACGGCACCAGCCUCAUGAACUACCUGCGAAUGGUAGAAUUGGAAGGUCUUACUGGCCACGUGGAGUUCAAUAGCAAAGGUCAACGAUCCAACUACGACCUGAAGAUUGUCCAGUACACUCGGGUGGGAUUCCAGCAGAUUGGACAGUGGCAUGUCACCAACGGCAUCACAAUGGACAAAAGGUUCUUCUCUUCCAACAGUUCUGAGAACCUGGUCAACAAGACUCUUGUAGUCACCACCAUCCUAGAAAACCCAUACUUGAUGUUAAAGGCAAAUCACCAGGAGCUCGAUGGUAACGACCGAUAUGAGGGCUUCUGCAUGGAUAUGCUAAAAGAGCUAGCCAAGAUUCUGCACUUCAACUAUAAAAUCCGCCUGGUUGCUGAUGGAGUCUACGGAGUUCCAGAACUGAACGGCACCUGGACCGGUAUGGUUGGAGAGCUGAUAUCCAGGAAAGCGGACUUGGCUGUUGCCGGCCUCACAAUAACAGCUGAGAGAGAGAAAGUAAUUGAUUUCUCCAAACCAUUCAUGACUCUGGGAAUCAGCGUCUUAUACCGUGUUCAUAUGGGACGGAAGCCAGGUUACUUCUCCUUCCUAGAUCCCUUCUCUCCUGGAGUUUGGCUAUUCAUGCUGCUUGCCUAUUUGGCUGUCAGCUGUGUGCUGUUCCUUGUGGCUCGGUUGACCCCAUAUGAAUGGUACAGUCCUCACCCCUGCGCCCAAGGAAGGUGCAAUCUUUUAGUGAACCAGUACUCUCUUGGAAAUAGCUUUUGGUUCCCAGUUGGAGGAUUUAUGCAGCAGGGAUCUACUAUAGCACCCAGAGCCUUGUCUACCCGCUGUGUCAGUGGCGUCUGGUGGGCAUUUACUCUUAUAAUCAUCUCAUCGUACACAGCAAAUCUCGCUGCCUUUCUCACUGUGCAAAGGAUGGAUGUGCCCAUAGAGUCUGUAGAUGACCUGGCAGAUCAGACGACUAUUGAGUAUGGUACAAUUCAUGGAGGCUCCAGCAUGACGUUCUUUCAAAAUGCCACUGCAGACACUUAUAUCAUGCUACAGAAUGCCUUUGCAGACACUUAUAUACAUGCUACAGAUGCCACCUGCAGACACUUAUAUACUGCUACAGAAUGUCACUGGCUGAACACUUAA